AUGGCGACAAAAAGUGAACCAUUUUACGGUUUGAACAAAAGUUUGAAUAACGAUUCAUCCGACGGCGAUCCAGUAAAUGAUAAUUACGGUAUCCCAGAGGAGUUUCAGUUUAUACUGCUUGGAAUGUAUGGUGUGACAUGCUUGGUAGUGCUUUUUGGGAAUGGUAUCAUCUGCUAUACAAAUUUUAAGAUUCAAAGUUUUCGAACGGUGACAAACUUCUUCAUUGUGAGUCUCGCCAUAACAGACAUCAUCAUGACUAUACUAUGUGUUCCGUUUUCUAUAUUGAGUAAUUUGUUUUUCCACUACUGGCCAUUCUGGGGUUUCCUGUGUCCAAUUGUGUUAUUUGUGCAAACUUCGAGUGUGUUAUUGAGAUCGUUUAUGCUGAUCGCAAUGACAUGUGACAUGUAUCACGUGGCAACAAAGCCUCUGAAGCCACGCCUACUAACAAAAUGCCGGGCCAGGAUUCUGGUCGCGUGUAUAUGCGCGAUGUCCGGUGCAAUAUCCAUCCCGACAUUUUUAUAUGCAGACAUUGAAUAUAUGGCCUAUGAACCCGGCUCUAAAGGCCUCUGUAUGGAAAAAUGGCCAGAUGACUUCGUUCGUAGUGUUUAUGGAGUUUGCAUCAUGAUGCUCCAGUACUUCAUUCCCCUCAUCAUCAUAGCAGUCACCUAUAUACACAUCGGGGUCAUUAUAUGGGUCAAACGGACACCAGGAGAGGCCAUCACUACACGGGAUGAAAGACUUGCUUCAUCAAAAAAGAAGACAAUCAAAAUGAUAAUUGUUGUCGUGAUAGCGUAUUUGCUGUCAUGGUUACCACUUCACGUGAUCACCAUUGUAGGUGACCUUGAUCAAUCAAUUUUUGACGCCGACUACGUACAUAUGAUGUGGCUUGCUGCUCAUUGGUUAGCGUUCAGCAACUCAGGAGUCAAUCCCGUUAUCUUUUUUUGGAUGAAUACAAAAUUUCGUCACAACUUUAUUGUUUGUAUUCACACAAAAUGUUGCUGUCAAGGAAAGCAUCUAAAGACUUUGACGUACAAAGACUCAUUUGCUAUGACGUCAGAUCGAAAGUCCAACGGUACCAGAAAGGUUUCUACAGGCAAUGACACUUCCUUUACUAUGACGUCAUAUCAAUAUUCCACUGCUUCACCGCGGGAGGUGAGAGGUCAGAGGUUCUUUGGUGAAAAUGGAGUAAAAGAACAAAGUAUGACACACGAUAAAGUGUGA